AUGAAGCUCCCUGGACUCCAGACAGCAGCAACUCUUGUGGCCUGCCCACCCGGCAGACCGCGCAACUGCCUUCACUUACUUUAUUGGUCCAUAAACUCAACUCUGGCCCUGCCACUGACACUAGUUGAACAAUUUUGGUCCUGGCCUCACCUUGGCUUGACAUCGAGUGUAGAUUUUUCGCAGUCUGGGACCGGUUCUGGUUACACCGUUCUUGAGAAAUUCGGGAAUCCACUAAUGUGGCAGGAGGACGGUUUCCCAAAAAAUGAGGUUGGGCAAGAAGAAAUUGACAUUAUUGCUGGUUCUAAAUGA